AAUUUUUUUGAUAAAAUACAAUAUUUUUUGAACAAAUUUUUUUACUUAAUAUCGGGAAAAUCGUCAUGUCAGGCUUCACACCCCAAGAGAUGGAUCUCUCGCCCCAGCUGCUAGAGGCUUUGAAACGCUUCAUGCCCGAUGAUGCAACCGUUAUGGAGUUCUAUGACUUGGUCGAGCGAGUGCAACUCAUACUCGGCUGCGAUUUGGAACGGGCCAUCAAGGAGGCAGUGAAGCAAUGGCCGGAAAUGGGAAGGCCAAAACAGGAACGUCGUCCCGAGGUGACCCGUCCGCCUGUGGCAGAGGUCAAGGAAGAGGACGAAGAUGAGUUCGAUGAAGAACCCUUUGUGGAAAAGAAGGUCGCACGUAAGCCAUUACUGCACUGCUCCACCAAACGCUGCCCAGGACGCGUCUUGGCGAAUAGCAGAAGGUAUCGCCAGAUGAAACUAGCGCAGCAACAGAGGAGACUUAAGAAAUUCACCAUUUUUCUGACCAAUUUAACAAAGCGAAACCUUAGGGCCAGACGCCGUGAAACUAAAGCCAAAUCGAGGAUUUCGAGAUACAACAAGAAGCAUGAAUCAGAUGCCUAAAUAUAUCAAAAGCCCCAAGAUAUGUAUGUAAACUUCGAUCCAGAGCACAAUGCUACAUUAAGAUGUGCAACAAGAAGUAUGAGUCAGAUGCCUAAAUGUAUCAAACAGCCCGAAAAACUAUGUAAAGUUCACUAAGAAACAAUCUUCAGAGAAGGACGCUACCUUAAUUUACUAAAUUUAAGAUGUGCAACAAGAAGUAUGAGUCAGAUGCCUAAAUGUAUCAAACAGCCCGAAAAAACUAUGUAAAGUUCACUAAGAAACAAUCUUCAGAGAAGGACGCUACCUUAAUUUACUAAAUUUAAGAUGUGCAACAAGAAGUAUGAGUCAGAUGCCUAAAUGUAUCAAACAGCCCGAAAAAACUAUGUAAAGUUCACUAAGAAACAAUCUUCAGAGAAGGACGCUACCUUAAUUUACUAAAUUUAAGAUGUAUGGAUUACGAACCACGAACAAUCGCCGGAGCAGGACGCUACUACACUAAUUCACUAAAUUUAAGAUGUAUGUAAUGUUGGAUUACAAUUACAGAAACGGACAACCGAAAAUAAGGAUUCACUUAAUUGGAUAUGCCACACUACUAGACAUAUCAAUACAAUAUACAUACCAGAAGAUGUGUAAGUCAAGAGCCAACUUAAGAAUUUUAUCCUUAAGAAUUAUAAAUUUAAGAGUUGUAAAUUUAUGUAUUGUAAAUUUCAAGUUGGACACAACUAUUGUAACAAAAUUCCAAGCCAUCCAUGUCCUGACUUUUGUAAAGAAUCAUAACCAA